AUGGCAGCAGCGCCCCUGUCCAGCUCAGGCACUGCUGCUCCUUUUACCACCCAAACUUCCACAGCUGCACUCCCUGAUUCUUCGCCAGCGCCUGUAGCCCCCUCUGAGCGCAUUCAGCUUAUCGAUGAGGAGCAGAAGUUUACCCCCACCAUGGGUGAGGCACUUCGAAGGUGGCAGCUCGAAGAUGCAGGAUUCGGCUACGAUUUGUGUGCGGUCCUCGGUAGUCAGUCUACCGGAAAAUCUACGCUGCUCAACAAGCUCUUCGGUACCUCCUUCGACGUGAUGGAUGAGUCCCGCAGACAGCAGACGACCAAGGGUAUCUGGAUGUGCCGAGGCCAGGGCAUGAACGUCCUGGUCAUGGAUGUCGAAGGUACUGACGGCAGAGAGCGAGGUGAAGACCAGGACUUUGAGCGGAAGUCUGCUUUGUUUAGCAUGGCCAGCGCAGAGUGUCUCAUUGUGAACAUGUGGGAACACCAAGUUGGUCUGUACCAAGGAGCCAACAUGGGCCUCCUCAAGACCGUCUUCGAGGUUAACCUGGGACUCUUCCAGGCUGGCAAGUCAAGAAGCCAUGCUGCCAAGGAAAAGACCCUCCUGUGCUUCGUCAUCCGAGAUCAUAUCGGUGCCACUCCGCUGGAGAAUCUCCGCAACACCCUGAUGGCAGAUCUUAGGAGGAUCUGGGACUCUCUAUCGAAGCCGGAAGGCUUGGAGUCAUCUACCAUCGAGACCUUCUUCGACUUUGACUUCGUGACACUUCCCCACAAGCUGCUUCAGCCGACCGAAUUCGACUCACAAGUCGCUUCUCUUCGGACAAGAUUCACGGAUUCGUCCCGCAAAGACUUCAUCUUCCGACCCGAGUAUCACAAACGCAUUCCGGCCGAUGGCCUGCCCCACUAUCUAGAAAGUAUUUGGGAGCAAGUUCAAACAAACAAAGAUCUUGAUCUACCCACUCAGCAGGAGCUUCUCGCCCAAUUCCGCUGUGACGAGAUCGCCAACGCCGCUUUUGCCACCUUCGCCAACGAUGUCAAGGUCUUCCGGCGGCCACUGGAGACCGGAGAAGUAUUGGCGGACCUCGGCACACUAAUGGGCGCACACCGAGGCAAAGCCAUUGAAGACUUCGACAAAGCUGCUUCGAGGUAUCAUGCCGAGGUAUACAAGCGCAAACGUCUGGACCUGCUCGAGAAGCUCAACAGCACACUGUCGCCGUUCUUCCUCGGUCAACUCAAGAAUCUCCACAAGAAGGUCGUGGCAUUCUUCAGGGCCUCCGUGCUUGAGAAGCUGCGGGGCGAGAACUACGAUUUCUCAACGGUCGUUUCGUCAGAGCGCAAGAAGGCCCUCAUUGCUUUUGAAACGGGUGCUACAGCCAUCAAGCUCAAGGAUACUGAUUGGGCAUACGAUGAUGAGUAUGAGCAGCUCAAGCAGAGUGUGGACGAUAUCGCUGACCAAUGUCGAGCUGAGGAGACCAAGAAAAUGGUCCUCCAGAUCGAGCGCAUGGUCAAGAAGGACGUGGCUGAACCCACCGAGCUCGCACUUGCGAGGCCGAAGGCCGACAUGUGGGAUCAGAUCCUCGUCGCCUUCACCGAGGCUCUGGAGAAGGCGGAGUCUGCGUACAUGAAGAAAGCCCGCUCUUUCAACUGCACAGAAGAGGAGAAUGUGAGAGCCCUGAGGACACUCAAGAGGCGGUCCUGGCUCUCUCUCAGAGCGAAGAUUGACGAGCAGACGGUGGAUUCGAUCUUGAUCAACAAGCUGCGGACGGCUUUCGAAGAUCGUUUCAGGUACGACGAAGAGGGCGUGCCAAGGGUGUGGCGUCCGGAUGAUGACAUCGACACCAUCUUCCGCAAAGCUCGAGACGAGACGCUUGCCCUCCUUCCCUUGUACUCGAAGAUCAAGCCACAAGAGCCCUCCCGCGAGGUAUCUCUCCCCUCCACUGCAGACGACGCAGAGUCUGCCUCAGCAGUGGAGCGAGGUGAAGAGGAGGAGUUCGACUUCCCUGCCUCGCUCGUCGUCUUCUCCGAGACCCGCAAAGUGGAGCUUGGGAACCGGUUCAGGAAAGAAGCGGACGCCUACUACGUCGAGGCCAAGAGGUCUACGGUGUCCAGUAUUGCUCAAAUCCCUUACUGGAUGUACGGCGUGAUUGCCGUCCUCGGCUGGAACGAGUUCAUUGCAGUGCUGUCGAGCCCGAUCUACUUUGCAACGCUGAUUGUAUUGGCCGGCACUGCAUAUAUGAUCUGGUACCUCAACAUGACCGGACCGGUCUUGUCGGUCGGCAGAGCCAUGGGCCGCGAGGUGCAUCGUGUGACCGACGCCAAACUGCGCGAGCACUUUUCUCAGCCCGUACCGCAGCCCGCCUUUCUCGCAGAGGGCAACAGGACCGCUUCAUCAACUCAAAGGAGGAGCAACGUUACUACCGGCUCUGUCGACCAGGGAGAGGAGAUUGAGCUGCAGGAGAAGAAGCUGGAGUAG